AUGAAAGUCAGUGUAAUUGCCUGUGUAGCAGGACUUGUCGGAGCUAUUGGGCUGCUUCUGUUUUUAGUGGCAUUUGGGACGGAUUACUGGCUCCUAGCGACUGAGAAUUGUGAAGUGUAUGAACACCGUGCUGAGAAUGCCAUGUCCAAGCUGAUUGGAGACACCACUAAUGGGCAAGCAUUCGAAGGACACGAUAAAUUGGCCAUCACCUUUCACCAUGAGGGCUUCAUUUGGCGUUGCUGGUUCACUGAAGACAUUUCCCAUGAUAGUAUCUGGAAUUUCUGGUUCACAAACCAACCCCCAUCCAAGUACUGUGUCCAUGGCUAUCUUUUCCCUUUUCCAAUCACAAUGGGACCUAUAUCUUCAUAUGACAGUACUGCUGUGUAUCGAGGUUUCUGGACAGUUUUUAUAGUACUGGGAGUGGUUGUUGCACUUGUCGGAGGAUUUCUGUUGGUUUGUGCAGUGCCGUUUGUGAAUGCCAAACUCUAUAAAUUAGGAGGUGGAUUCCUUUUGGCUUCUGGAAUUUUAUUUUCCAUACUGAUAUUUCUGUUUGUGAUAUGGAAGGAACUUGUUGUGGAUUUGGAAAGAUACAUACUCCUGGAGAGAAGGAACAGCUGCACAGAUAUCCUAGUCCACGUGCAGUAUGGAUGGUCAUUCAUGUUUGCAGCAGCUGGGAUUCCUUUGGCCUUACUUGCUGGACUGUUAUUUUAUGUAACUGGCCACACCAUUGACACCCAUAACAAAUAA